UGUGCAGUCCCUCAGAUCAAUCUGGUGGUUUGCUUUAAUGUCAUCUAGCUGCAAAUGACGCUUAGGAGUCAUGCAACCAAAACCAAACUGAUACUGUGAUGAAGGAUCAUCCAAUAAUUCGUGGUCUCAGUGCUGACAAAUUGACAGCCUGUUUACCAAAAAUCAAACACUAAAUUUACAGGAAAUAAAAACUAAAUCAAGGUUCAACAUGUUUACAUGCUGUUUACUUGUUUUUAGCUCACGUUCAAGUCAUGACACUCAGGAAGUGCUGACUUUCCUCCCAGCUAGAGUCACAAACUGCAGCCUCCAUCAUUAUUGUUGAAUUAAAUCAACAUUCGCACAGCCUUUUCGACAAAAACUGAACCGUGUAACUUUCAUAAUUUUGAUUUUUGGCAUGACUUUUGACCUAAUGAACAGACACUGCAACACAUUCAGCCUCGGAUCUGCCUUGAAUAACGAUACGCCCCCCUGCAUGAUUGUAAAAUGUUUUCAGACAAGCGAUGCAACAUCAUUUUUGCCACAUUUCUCCUGAUCAUUAGCUACAGUUCGGCUUUAUUAACACUGGUAAGAGCCUUUAAAAGUCACAAGCUGACGUUGAGUAACAAACCAACAUCAGUGUUAGCUAACUCACCUUCGCCGCUCCUCGAGUGAGACGUUCAAGAGCGGCAGCGUUCAGUUGUGUUUGUGAAUCAACGGUUUUUGUAAAGUGAUCGGUCCGAUGGAUACCCUGCAAUUCUUGACCUGAUCCUGGACUGGUGGAGGAUGAAACAGAGCAAAUGCUGUUUAACUAUUCAUUGAAACUGAGAGCCGACAGCCAAACGAUUUGGGAACCGGUGACUAGAUACCACGCCAAGACUGUUGAGGAAUUAUUCAAAAUGUGUGCGGAGAGAUGUGAACCUGUACCUCAGCCUGAAAAUGGGAACAGUCAUGGGAUGUGGUGUCACAAAGUCUGACCACUUUCACAAACACUCCGGAAAAGCUAUCAGAGCCGCUGUCCUGAUCCAACGAUGGUACCGUCAGUAUGUGGCCCGUACAGAGAUGAGACGGAGGUACACCUGGCACAUCUUCCAGUCCAUCGAGUACUCUGGAGAACAGGCUCAGAUAAAGCUUUAUAAUUUCCUCGGCUACCUCAUGGACAAUUUCACACCAUCAAGCAAUGAAAGAAAUCUGAUCUCGCACAUCUUUCGAGAGAACGAGGUUUGUCGGGAUGCAGAGUGGGAGAGGUACUUCUGCUACAAGAACAUCGAGGUGCCGGAGAUUUACUCAGGACCUCACCUCACCUUCCCUCUGACGGUGGAGCAGGCGGUCGGGCUGGUGGAGGCCUUCAGGAACAAGAAGCAGCUGCACUCACGCUACGUCCUCCAGCUCCUCCUCGAGACGUGGAAACAGCUCCGGAUGUUUCCGAAUAUCAACCGCGUCUCCACCUGCCAAAGCAAAGAAAUCACUAUUUGUGGUGAUUUGCACGGGCAGCUAGAAGACCUGCUGCUGAUUUUCUACAAGAAUGGCACGCCAUCCCUGGAGAGGCCCUAUUUGUUUAAUGGAGACUUUGUAGACAGAGGCAAAGACUCCAUUGAGAUCCUCCUCAUCCUGUUCUCAUUCCUGCUCGUCUACCCCAGUGACAUCUACCUCAACAGAGGAAACCAUGAAGACCAUAUAGUCAACUUGAGGUACGGCUUCACAAAGGAGGUGUUGACUAAAUACAAGAUGCACGGCAAACGGAUCCUGAAGCUGCUGCAGAAGAUUUUCAGUUGGUUGCCAUUAGCAACAGUGAUCGACCAGAAGGUGCUGGUUCUCCAUGGAGGGAUCUCCGAUGUCACUGAUCUCAGCCUCCUAGCCAGACUGGACAGACACAAUUAUGUUUCAGCACUGAGGCCUCCAAAGAAGAGACACCAAAGCUCAUCGGGGAUGUCCAUUGACUCGGACAUGGAAGAAGACCUUUGGUCCGCCAACAAGAUCUACCAGCGUCGCACCUCCCUCAUGUAUCCCAAACCCCUCGGAACACGUGAAAGCUUCCACAACCGCUCACUGCAGGACUUCUCCGACCGGCUCAAAGGGAGCGUUGUGGACCAGAUGGAGAUCAACAGGAGGAGACAGUCCAUGUUUCACUUCAAAUCAGAAAAAGACAUGUCUCAGGCUAUAUCCACUGAGUCUAUCAAGAGUGAAAAUCCUGCGGACGAGUGGAAACAGAUCCUGGACCUGCUGUGGAGCGAUCCGAUGACCCAGGACGGCUGCACACCCAACGAGGUGCGGGGCGGAGGCUGCUACUGGGGCCCCGACAUCACCGAGGACUUCCUGAACAGGCACAACCUGCAGCUCAUCAUCCGCUCACACGAGUGUAAACAGGAGGGUUAUGAGUUUUGCCACAACCGUAAGGUCCUCACUCUGUUCUCUGCCUCAAACUACUACGAUGUUGGAAGCAACAGGGGGGCCUACGUGAAGCUGGGUCCAGACCUUGUGCCUUAUGUGGUUCAGUACCAGGCCAGCAGCAUGAUCAGAGAGCUCACCGUGAGACAAAGUGUUGGGCGAACAGAGCGCUCAGCCCUGAAAGUCCUGCGGGAGCAGCUGUUUGCGCACAAAUCUGACCUCCUCUGUGCCUUCAAAAAGUACGACACCAUGAACAAAGGUGUGGUGUCUCUGAGCGACUGGGCGACUGCGGUGGAGAACGUGAUGCGCCUCGGCGUGCCCUGGAGGAUGCUGCGCUGUCAGCUGGUCACCUCCAGGACCAGCGACGGCAUGAUCAACUACCACGAGUGGUUCAACGAGCUCGCCAUCCACGGACCCAACACAGAUCACAUCGACCAGAGUCUACUUGAGACCUUGUAUCGCCAUCGAUCCACCUUAGAGACCAUCUUCAGAAUUGUAGACACAGAUAAUUCAGGCUUCAUCACCAUUGAGGACUUUCGGCAGACCUGGAAAUUGCUGAGCGUCUACCUCAAAAUGGAGAUCACGGACGACGCCAUCUCCGACCUGGCCGUCACCAUCGACAGCAACCAGGACGGCAGCAUCGACAUUGACGAGUUCAUGGAGGCCUUCCGCCUCACGGACAAGAAGAGCCGCCUGGAGCGAGGACGCAGCAUGUUCAUGGGCACAGCCACCGACCUCACCAAGCUGGAGGGAGACCCCAACAUUUGAGCCUAGACAGCAAAGAAAACAGAGCGCAACCUCCACUCAGACUCCCUCACCCGGCAGACAGGCAGCAGAGGGGUGGGCGGGGAUAUACAACCAACGCAAGCUGCUUUAAUGACGCACGUUAAGACGUAAGAGGCUGCUGAGCAGCAGCCGUCUGGAUCACAGGGGAUUAGAAAGAGGUUAGAGUUCAGGCUAUUUGACAGCGAACGCUCAUUUUACGUUGUGAAGCCGUUUCAUCCACUGAGGAAGUGUGGGCGAAAUGCAAGUGCAUGAACCAGAUUUAUAUCUAUUUUAUUAUUUUAGAAUAGUUGGAAAGUACUUGAACAAACAGUCCAGAAACACAGAAACGAAAAGGUCAUGUUCAGCUGCGUGAUUAUUAAAAUAAUAAUAUUAGAUACUGUGAUCAUAUUUAUCAUGAGGACCUUUGCAUACCAAUAAAUCAUUAUUUUUACAAUGCAGCAUGUUUUGACUUAUGUGAAAUACUAAAGACAUAAAGAGUAACACCUGUACACCUGAUGCCACGUGUUUUUGAAAAUGUUAGUCACCUCCUCUUCUUGCUCUCUGUCGCUGGAUUUAUCAAGGUAUUCUGCCAUUAUUUCAUCUUCUGCGGCCAACUAUGUUUUAAAGCUCAUUGUGAGCCAGUGUGCAGGCGUUUAUCUGUUUUUCAAUGCUGACAGUCGCCUUUUAUCCUUUUAUCUAUGUGAUGUGUGAAUACCUACAUUUCCUCCUUAAUACUUGAUAGAUAUCAGAAACUGAUCAAAACAUUUGAAUGUAUGAAAAGACAAUGAAUAAUUGUGCAGUUCAGCUGCACUAAGUAUUUGCAACUGAAUGUUGCUGGUGCCUUAGCAGUAGAGGUCUUUCAGCUUCUAGAGAUGAAGUCUAGUUUGUACUGAUGAUGUUUGGAAUGAACUGCCAACAAUGUACUGAAGUCCCUGAUACGGUCCCUCACCUUGUCAAGAACAACAGAACUCAAGCUGUUAUUCUUUUGACUUUUUGGAUGUAAACCUACAAAUUGUUGCCUAGAACAUUCACUCAGUUUUUAAAGGUAGAGUAUGAUAUUACUGCGUUUGUGCAAUGUGAAGUUGGAGUUAGCUUAGCUUAGCACAAAGACUGGAAACAGAGGGAAACAGCUAGCCUUGCCGGUAAAAAAAAAAAAGAAAAAAGAAAAAAUCCAACAACCAGCUCUAAAACUCAUUUAUUAACAUGUUAUAUCUGUAGUUUUAACGAUGCUCAUAGGCAGAUUGUUUUUUUGGUUUUUUUUGUGAAACAUGGUCGGCUGUUUCAAAUCUUUAUGCUAAGAUAAGUGUCUCCUAGCUGUAGUUUCAUAUUUACAAACAUGGCAGUGCGAUCAUUCUUUCUCGUCUGUUGACAAGAGAGAAAAUGUAUCUCCUCAGUUUCUAUUGUUAAGUUAACCUCCCACAUUGUGUAACAGGGUUGAACCCCAACUGAACCAGAUGAGACAUGAAGAAAUCAGUGUGCAUAUAAAAAGUGUGUGUACAGACUUUUAGUUUGUAAAUGUAAAUAUUAUUGUAUGUUGUUUUGUUUUUUUUUUUUUAGCAUCUUGAACUUGUAAAACGUUUACUGUAAAUACAUUUCAAAGUCAGUUUAGUAGCAUUCAUUUGUGUCUUUGGUAAGGAAUUUUUAACAUGUAACUCUCAGUAAUGGAUCAAAAAGCUGUAUAUUAGGGAAAAAUAUCAUUUACACAUGUAAGUUCCUAGAAGACCUUUAGAUGAUCUCCAGUAGUGGGAACACACAGAAUUUACCUUCAAACUCCAAUAUUACACAUUAUUUCCUAUCAAUUUCUUUUCAGCGAUUAAAAGUAAAUAAUAAAUAAAAGUUAAAAUA